GCGGUCUUUUGCAGGGCAGAGUGUAUUCAUUUGCUAACCGUCGAAGGCAGCGGCUUAUCCGUCCAUUUCUGACCAAACUUACUGGCGGCGUUUUUUGUCCCCAUUCCCUGUUGGCCCCCCGGUGCAAAUCGGUUGUAGCUGUGUGCGGUGGUAAUUAAAUCGACAAAAACAUCACUAUGAAGUACUUGCUACUUCUAGUACUGGGUGUGUUCCUGGUGUCAGGAAUUCACCAAGUGCGUGCGGAUGAUGACGAUGACACACUGCCAAUGGUGGACAAUGAUCUCGGCGCCUCGAAGGAAGGCUCGCGCACCGACGCGGAGGCGGUCAAGCGCGAAGAGGAAGCCAUCAAGCUGGACGGUCUGAACGUGGCCCAGAUCAAGGAGCUGCGGGAAAAGUCGGAAAAGUUCACGUUCCAGGCGGAGGUGAACCGCAUGAUGAAGCUCAUCAUCAACUCGCUGUACCGCAACAAGGAGAUUUUCCUGCGUGAGCUGAUCUCGAACGCUUCGGACGCGCUGGACAAGAUCCGCCUGCUGUCCCUGACCGACCCGUCCGUGCUGGACAGCAACCGCAACCUGGAGGUGAAGAUCAAGGCCGACAAGGAGGGCAAGGUGCUGCACAUCAUCGACACCGGCAUCGGUAUGACGAAGCAGGAUCUGGUGAACAAUCUCGGCACGAUCGCGAAGUCGGGCACGGCCGACUUCCUGUCGAAGAUGCAGGACAAGGAGAAGGCCGACGGGCAGGACGUGAACGAUAUGAUUGGCCAGUUCGGUGUCGGCUUCUACUCGGCGUUCCUGGUGGCCGACCGGGUCGUGGUGACGACGAAGCACAACGACGACAAGCAGUACAUCUGGGAGUCGGAUGCGGCCAGCUUCAGCAUCGUGGAGGACCCGCGCGGCAACACGCUGGAGCGCGGUUCGCAGGUCUCGCUGCACCUGAAGGAGGAAGCGCUCGACUUCCUGGAGGACGAUACGGUGAAGCAGCUGAUCAAGAAGUACUCGCAGUUCAUCAACUUCCCGAUCUACAUGUGGACGAGCAAGGAGGUGGAGGAGGAGGUGGCCGUCGAGGAGGAGGUGACCGAGAAGCCGGCAAAGAGCGAGGACAGCACGGACGAGGAGGAGGAGGACGUGAAGGUGGAGGAGGAGGAGGCGACCGACAGCGACAAGCCGAAGACGAAGAAGGUGAAGAAGACGGUCUGGAACUGGGAGAUCAUGAACGACAGCAAACCGAUCUGGACGCGCAAGGUGAGCGACGUGACCGACGAGGAGUACACCGAGUUCUACAAGAGCCUGACGAAGGACACGUCCGAACCGCUGACGCACACGCACUUCAUUGCCGAGGGCGAGGUCACGUUCAAGUCGCUGCUGUUCGUGCCGAAGGUGCAGCCGUCGGAGAGCUUCAACAAGUACGGCACCAAGGCGGACAACAUCAAGCUGUACGUGCGGCGCGUGUUCAUUACGGACGAGUUCAACGACAUGAUGCCGAACUAUCUGAGCUUCAUCCGGGGCGUGGUCGAUUCGGACGAUCUGCCGCUGAACGUGUCGCGCGAAACGCUCCAGCAGCACAAGCUGAUCAAGGUGAUCAAGAAGAAGCUCGUGCGCAAGGCGCUGGACAUGAUCAAGAAGAUCGACAAGGAGCAGUACGAGAAGUUCUGGAAGGAGUACUCCACCAACAUCAAGCUGGGCAUCAUGGAGGACCCGAGCAAUCGAUCGCGCCUGGCCAAGCUGCUCCGCUUCCAGUCGUCCUCGACGAAGAACAAGGAGUACACCAGCCUGUCCGACUACGUGGCGCGCAUGAAGCCGAAGCAGGACAACAUCUACUUCAUCGCCGGGCCGAACCGUGCCGAGAUCGAGAAGUCGCCGUUCGUCGAGCGUCUGCUGUCCCGCGGCUACGAAGUCCUGUUCCUGGUGGAGGCCGUCGACGAGUACAGCAUCUCCGCGCUGCCCGAGUUCGACGGCAAGCGCUUCCAGAACGUCGCCAAGGAGGGCUUCACGCUGAACGAGUCGGAAGAGUCGAAGGCCCGGUUCGAGGAGCUGAAGACGGAGUACGAACCCCUGCUGAAGUGGUUGAACGACGUCGCACUGAAGGACAAAAUCGCCAAAGCCCAGCUGUCCGAGCGACUGUCCAACUCGCCGUGCGCUCUCGUUGCGUCGAUGUUCGGCUGGACCGGUAACAUGGAGCGGCUGGCGCUCGCCAACGCUCACCAGAAGACGGACGACCCGCAGCGCCACUACUACCUGAACCAGAAGAAAACGCUCGAAAUCAACCCGCGCCAUCCGCUGAUGCGCGAGCUGUUGCGCCGCGUCGAGGUCGAUGCGGACGAUAUCGUGGCGAAGGAUAUGGCGGUGCUGAUGUUCAACACGGCCACGCUGCGGUCCGGCUUCCAGCUGCCGGAGACGGCCGACUUUGCCGACAGUGUCGAGCGGAUGAUGCGCCAAACGUUGGGCGUUUCGCUGGACGAGCAGCCCGAGCAGGAAGAGUUCGUGGACGAGCCGGCGGCUGGCGGUGAGGAGGGUGGCGCUGCCGCCGACGAGGAGGAAGAAUCCAUCGAUGCCGAUGGUGGUGACCACGACGAGCUGUAAAAGGUGUGCCGCCGCGCCUGCUAGCGAGUUCACCGCUUGUUCCAUUUGUGGCCUAGCUCGGGCCACAUCCAACUGCAUGACUGAACGGUGUGCGCAUAAAGAGAGAGUGUGUGUAUUGUAAUUGUAUGUAAGUGAUGCAGAUGCAUUUAUGUAUGUGUAUACGUGUGUGACUGCGUGUAUGUGUGAAUUGUAUCGUAAGGAUCAUAGUAUAGAGCAGGGGACGAAAACUAGGACGAGGACUGAUGAGAAGAGCGCUCUCGAGAUGUUAGGACGAGGACGUGAGGUGAGGUGGACAAAUUUUAUUGUCCUCCCGUUGUAACCCCCCCCCCCCCGCAAUCUCGCCCGCGAGCCGCGGUCCCGCGGUAGUAAACCCGUUGGGAAAGGGGAGAAAGAACACAAUCACUGCUAACAGAGUCGAAAACUACAACACUCCUUUACGUUAAGAGAGAAAAAAAACAGUAACUUCCUUCCGUCUUUACUGCACUGCAAUUGUUUUUUUUUUGUUUACUCGUGAUUGUGUCGCCAGUGUAACAAUAUUUUGUUUCACCGCAGCUCCAACAUAGCUAGCAAGAGUCAUUUACACCGUAGUAGGAGUAGAAACAAACAAGACUUUCAAAGCGAUAUUUUCCUUUUCUUGUGUUCUGCGUGCAAAACACACCUCCAUCAACCGUAAGGAUGAAUAGAUAUUUACGGAACAACAAACGACAAAAAACCAGGAACAAAAAAAAAGUGAAUAAAAACUAUCGUCAAACCUUAA